GAGAGAGUGUGUCGUGGACGCGCCGGCCUGCGUGCUCGCGCGCGUGUGUGUGUGUCGGAGGAAGAGGUGGUGUGUAUGUGGGAGCAGGACCAAAGACUCUGCAGUGUCUUGGCAGCUGCAUUUACACUGUAGUGCAUCUCCCACCGCCCGUGAUGCCUUCACGGCCAAAGAUCUUCCUCCUCCCCCGCGUCCACUUGUGAAGACGCGGAGAUGAACUCGCCCGCAAACUGAGCCGGACACCCGGACCUCGUCCCCUCCUCCUCCUCCUUGCUCGCUUCCUCCCUUUUGCUUCUUCCUCGCAUCCCCUCACCCAGCCGUCACUUGAAUGGAAGAUGGCGAGGGGCGAGAGGCGUUUCAGCGACGUGCGCUUGGUAUCUCUGCAGAUCAUCUUGAUGCUCGGCGGCGCGGCGUGGCCUGGUUCCGAGGGACUCACCUUCCCACAGCAGUACACGAUAAUUCACUGGGCGAGGCGCAUCGAGCAGGAGAUUGACAGAGUCUUUCAGCACAUCAGUGGAGCUCAGCAGCUGAAAGGGAUAUACAAUGAAGAAAGAAGACGCUUUAGUCUGGUAAAGAAUCAGCCUCGAAAGAUAGUGGAGAAGGUGGCUUCAGAUAUCGAGAAACUUCUGGCUAAGAAGCGCAAAGCUCUCGAAAGGUUAGCCAGUGAGGCUGAACGGCUCCAGCUAGAGCAUCCCUGGCAGGAUGGCAUCAAGGAGCUGGACAUGGCUUAUUAUGACUCAAAGGCAGAGUUGGAUCAUUAUUCCAUGGACGGAGAGACUGAAGUGGAAAAUCCUUCCCACAUCAAACUGGAGUUUGUGUACGACCCCAAUUUCAAAAACAAUGUCAACUAUUCCUACACAGCUGUUCAGAUUCCCACAGACAUUUAUAAAGGAGCGCCAGUCAUUCUGAAUGAGCUCAACUGGACCCAGGCACUGGAGAAAGUGUUCAUGGAGAACAGUCGCGAGGAUCCGUCACUACUGUGGCAAGCGUUCGGGAGCGCCACCGGGGUGACGCGUUACUACCCUGCCACCCCAUGGAAAGCCCCUGAUAAAAUUGACCUGUAUGAUGUCAGGAGGAGACCCUGGUACAUCCAAGGUGCUUCCUCCCCCAAAGAUAUGGUCAUUCUCGUCGAUGUGAGCGGCAGUGUCAGUGGACUCACACUUAAACUGAUCAAGGCGUCAGUGAUGGAGAUGCUGGACACGCUGUCUGAUGAUGACUACGUCAACGUGGCCCGGUUCAGCGACAAGGCAGAGGCAGUGGUUCCUUGCUUCAAACAUCUCGUCCAGGCCAACGUGCGCAACAAGAAGAUCUUUAAAGAAGCAGUGCAGCAGAUGCAGGCCAAGGGCACCACUGAAUACAAAUCUGGAUUUCAUUUUGCCUUCAAUCAGCUGUUAAAUAAAACAAAUGUCCCACGGGCCAACUGCAAUAAAAUCAUCAUGCUUUUCACCGAUGGAGGCGAGGACCGAGCUCAAGAUGUCUUCAUGCAGUACAAUUGGCCCAACAAAACGGUUCGAGUAUUCACCUUUUCAGUGGGCCAGCACAACUAUGAUGUCACACCCUUACAGUGGAUCGCAUGCACCAAUAAAGGUUACUAUUUUGAGAUCCGUUCCCUGUGCGCCAUAAGGAUUAACACGCAGGAGUACCUGGAUGUGUUGGGACGCCCCAUGGUUCUUGCAGGCGACGAGGCCAAGCAGGUCCAGUGGACCAAUGUGUAUCAGGAUGCUUUGGGUCUUGGGAUGGUAGUAACUGGGACUUUGCCUGUAUUUAAUCUCACUAUGAAUGGCAAACUACAGAACCAGCUGAUUUUAGGCGUCAUGGGAGUGGACGUGCAUCUCGAUGAGAUUAAGCGCCUGACGCCACAAUACAGUCUCGGGGCCAACGGUUACAUAUUUGCAAUUGACCCAAAUGGAUAUCUUCUUCUUCAUCCCAAUCUACAGCCCAAGCUGGUGCAUCUCCCAGAACCUGUGACACUGGACUUCUUGGAUGCAGAAGUGGAGGACAGCAAUAAAGAGGAGAUCCGGCGACAGAUGAUUGACGGACGACCAGGUGACAUGCAGAUCAAAACUAUCGUGCAGUCAGUUGAUGAGCAAUACAUUGAUGAGGUGUACAGAGGUUACACAUGGACUCCUGUCAAUGGCACAGAUUACAGUCUGGGGCUGGUGCUACCUCCCUACAAUGAGUACUACAUUCAGGCAGACCUCAGUGAUGUGAUGCUUCAGCUUCAGUACAUGCAGUCAUUAUUGCCAAGCUCCUUUGAAUCUUCGGGACACGUCUUUCUCGCGCCAAGAGAAUACUGCACGCGUCUGCAGCUUUCGGACAACAACACGCAAUUUUUGCAGAACUUCCUCUCCCUCAUGCUGGAAAUAUCUCCUGAAUCAGAUGAGUGUGACCAAGGGCUCAUACACAACCUGAUACUGGACUCGAGGAUUAUCGGACAGCUAGCCUCGCGCGUUUGGAAGAACAAGGAUCUUAAUUCGUACGGCUUCUUGGCUGUGUUUGCAUCCACCGAUGGAGGCAUAACACGAGUGUUCCCCAAUUUAGCUGCAGAGUUGUGGGAUGAGGACCCUGAACCCUUCAAUUCAAACUACUACCGAAGGAGCCUUGACAACAAAGGUUACCUGUUCCGAGCUCUGCCUAGAGAAUCUUUGGAUGACAUGUUAGGACCAGAAAAUGGCACAGUUGGAAUCCUGGUUAGUUCAGCUGUGGAGGUGAAUUUAGGAGGCAAGCUUCUCAAACCUGCAGUGGUGGGAGUGAAGCUGGAUCUGGAAGCGUGGGUGGACAAGUUCAAGAUCCUGGCCAGCAACGUGUCAGACAGCCGACAAGGCUCACACAAGUGCGGACCAUCCAGGAGCUGCGAGAUGGACUGUGAGGUCAACACCGACGACCUCCUCUGCUACCUCAUUGAUGAUGGUGGCUUCCUGGUUAUGUCCAAUCAAAGAGAUCACUGGAAAAAGAUCGGACUCUUUUUCGGAGAUGUGGACCCAUACUUGAUGCACGCCCUCUACAACAACUCCAUCUUCAACCGACGACAGAAUUUUCACUUCCAGUCAGCAUGCGAGCCAGUCAGCAGCAGCCACACUGGUGCAGCGCCGAGACGCUUCUUUGUGCCGUCCAUCGCCGACAUCCUCAGCUUGGCUUGGUGGACGUCCACGGUGGCCUGGUCUUUGAUUCAGCAGCUACUGUAUGGACUGGUACACAUCAGCUGGCUCCAACAAGAUGACAUCUUCGUAGAAGGCUUUGAAAUCAAGACGAGCAGCUGUGUGACCAUCCAAAGCCAGUUCUUCUUCAGCAACACCACCAACUCGUACAACGUGCUGCAGGACUGCGGCAACUGCUCGCGGCUCUUCCACACCAAGCGGAUAGAAAACACCAACCUCCUCUUUGUGGUCGCCGAGACGCUCCCCUGCAGCUCCUGUGAGAUAGAGAGGCUGAGCCAAGUCAGGACGGAGUUCCAGGAAGAAAAUCCUUGUGAGGUACUGAGCAACGCACGAUAUCGGAGAGGUCCGACAACCUGCCUUGACUUCAGUGCCUUAGAAAAUACUUCCGAGUGCGGACGGGCACAUUUUGUGCAGCCCUACGUAGGGGUCCUUCUUGUUCUUCAGCUCAUUCUGCCUUUCUUCCACCACUGACACGUGCCGCCGUUCACUUCCAUGUCGACUCAAGGUCAGGUACCCAAAGCAAGUUUGUAGAUCAGCUCUUUGGGGUUGUUUUGUUUUGAGGGGGGUUUGGCUUGAUGUUCAGAAGAAAUGCUCCUUUAAUGAGGCAACCAACAAGCACUCAACUGGAACACUCUUCACUUUGGGGCCAAAAUGAGGUGAUGUGGAGCUCUUUAUUAUCUCUUUCUUUCCGGAACCUUACAGCAUAAUAAUACCAGACGUGAAUUGAUGCUCUAUGUGCCCUGGUGGUAUAAAGUAUUCACACUUCAAUUCAAUCAAUGCGGAUAAGUGCUCACGAGUUCUGAUAUCUUGAUGGACGGAAGAUUUUACAUGAAUGAAAACAGAUAAACAUCCACAACAUACACUAAGGCUUUAUAGCUCAAUUCCGGCAAACAGCACUUUUCCUAUUUUGCUCUUUAUAAGAUAAAAAAAGACAGCCUUGACUUCACAUUCAAGUUUUUUAAAAUGUUACAAUCCAGUUUGAUUUAUGGGAUUGCAGGGAUUGGUUGACUGAUGAACUGAAGUGUUUCGUAAAGAACCUGUACCCAAAUCAAUCUAUAACAAAUUCCAAUUUGUUAACAAUUCCAAAUGUUUCCAUCAUGAAUGCAUAAUGUUAUUCCACACUAGUGAAAUGACGCAUUCGUGUUUGUUUCUUGUAUGGGGAGUGUAGCUUCUCGGCAUCUUUCUGUGUUCUCAGCAUGUUCCUGUACAAAACCAUGCUGCAGGAGAACGCUGCUGUGUCUUUUUCCUCUGUACGCAUGAUUUUUCCGCCUCGCAGUGCCUUGCGGCACUCGCUUUGGGUGUUACAUUGACGUUCAUCCUGCAUCCCGCAGGCCAUGCGAAGGACUCGUGGAGGUUGCCGUGGACAAACGACACUUGAUUGCUCCUCAAGUACAAACGAGACUUUCCAUUCAAGAGCACAGAACAAGCAUGUGGGCACCUGAUGGGAAAAUGUUUGUUGAGACGUGACCCUGUGGUUGGGCCUCCAAUCAAAGCACAGGUUUUGUCGCUUUUCGUACAUUUCUACCACGUCGCGCACAAUUUCUCCAGUUUCCCGCCUUUUCUGCCACGAAUGACUGAAACAAGUGAAUGUUUAGGAUGUUUAUGUACGCGCCGUUCGCCUACUCUUGUGCAUCUUUACUGUCCCUCAGCAUGGUCGGGAGAGGUUUGCCGGAAACAUUGCUUUAAAAAAAAGAACUAAAAACUGCUUUUACCCCCUCGGCUUUGAACUUAGGUCUUAAAACAACACUGCUGUAUAUUGAGCAAAAGUGUUGAUAAGCCACAAAGUAUUAAAGUCAGUGUUGUAGUUUUGUUUUCAAGGACCACUAUUUAUUUGCAUGAUGUUUUGGAACACUUGAAACACGUUUUGUGUACAUAGUUGACUGGAUAUGAAACAUUCCCUUUGGGUACAUCUUGUGGAAAUGAAUGAGGAACAAAGUUUGACUUCAGUGAAGCCAAUAACGCACUUAUGUAUUUAUUUCUUUAUGCUGGGAGGUUGAAGCACAAAAGGUGCAGCUGGUAAACAAACUGCCUGAUUACAUGUCAUUUAUUUAGGAAAAAAGUAAAAAAUAAUCAAAUAAAAGAAUGCAGGGGCAUGUAAAGGAUCUUAAGGAAUUUCCUGAUGAAAUUAAUGUAUUUGUUGCUUAUCUAAUUUAUAAUAUGUAUUUAUUUUAUCUAUGUAUUUAUUUGUAUAUUUGUUUAAGGCAGAAAUGUAUUGAAUGUUACAACACUUACGCGGGCACAACAAGCAAUUCACAAAAAGAUCCAGAGUUAAAAUUACAAUAUAUUGUCUGUUUGUCUUUGUCUAUGAAAGAAUGUUUCAAUGUUUUUUGCACUAACUUUGCUCUUCAUUUGGCUUCCAUUGUCGUCGACGGGGGAUAGUUGUUCCGCUCUUUGUGCCAGCCUCCCAUCAUGCCACCUCAUUUUUGUAUGCAAAGCAAUCUUCAGAAUACAACAAGCUUAACUUUGUAAACAUUUUGUCAGUCACAUUACAAAUUGAUAUUUCAAUGUUUAUAUCUUUGGUGAUUAAAUGCUGUUGAUAUUUUCCA